AUGUCGCUCACUGUAGAGAACUGCCUGGUGAAAAGGAUACUGGUAGAUAAUGGAAGCUCCGGCAACAUCAUCUUCCAGGCCGCAUACAAAGACCUGGGGCUGGAAGAAAGCGCUCUGACUCGGAGGAUAACCCCACUUAUAGGGUUCAGCGGGGAAGUCAAACAAACCGCCAGAGAGGUGACCCUCCCCGUAUACACCAAAGGAAUCAACAUGUCAACCAAGUUCCUCAUUGUUGACUGCGACUCGUCCUACAAUAUGAUCCUAGGACGGCCCUGGAUUCACGGCAUGGGAGCCGUCCCCUCGACUCUUCACCAGAUGAGUAAGCCUCAGGUUCAUCACACCGAGGAACCGGAGGUAGAGGAAAUGGACGACGUGCCAUUAACCAAAGGAGAUCAGACCCGACAUCUCAAGAUCGGCUCCAAGCUGGCCGAAGGAUUGAGGAGAAGACUGAUAGACUUCCUCAUGUCUAACUCCAACUACUUCGCUUGGUCCCACGCAGAUAUGCAUGGGAUCGAUCCGAAAAUCAUCAUGCACAAGCUGCAGGUGCAAUAUCUGGAAUGGCUAGCCAACGUCGUCGUGGUCAAGAAAAAGAACGGGAAGUGGAGGGUCUGCAUCGACUUCACGGACCUCAACAAGUCAUGUCCAAAGGACCCAUUCCCGCUACCUUAUAUCGACAAGCUGGUGGACGCCAUCGCGGGGCAUCAGCUGAUGAGCUUCAUGGACGCGUUCUAA